AUGUGGUGGGUGCUCACCGGCAACACGCCUCACCACGACCAGGAGGCUCACGGCUGGGCGGCGUUUCCUGCGCUGACCCACGGCCUUUACCCCGCCCCAGGCAUCAGCCUGGCCACGGUGCUUGGCCGGGCCCCUGAGAGGGGCUUUCCCACUCUCGCCUGCGGCGCAGGGGGCCUGCCAGGCGGCGGGGCCGGGCUGUGCUCCCAGGCUCGGCCCUGCCAGGUAGAACAAUGCUUGAAGCGCCUAUGGAAAAUGAACUUGGUGGGCUGCAUCGAAACUCUGGCAGGACUGAUUCCCAAGAAAAAUACAUCCCAAGCCCACGCAGAGUGCUUAGUUCCCAGCCAGCCUAUGCUGGAAACAGUGGCUCUGAAAGUAUUGGGAGGUUGCAAGCUCAUACUACGUCUACUGGACUGUUGCUGUAAAGGCUUUCUCUUGUCUGUUAAACAUCUCUGCUCAGAAGAAUUCAUACUUUUGAACACUGUGGCUUUGGGGUUGUUGAGCCGGCUAUGGAUUCAGUACAGGUGUGUAUUGCAGAGCCUCAUGUCCUUCUAUGGCAUGUUGUCGACAUCACUUCAUCUGGUAUCCGAGACCCAACAGAUGCCCUAUAUCAAAGGGUUUACCUUCCCCUCUGAUAUUAGUAACUUCCUUGGAGUUAACGUUUCUUCUGAGGUGAAGAAGCAAAAGGCUAGAAUGCUUACAACAAAAAAACCCACCAGCUGGCUGAAGAAGCUCUUCCCAACAAUGCCAGAGGCAGUGUCAGAGGUUGGGAAAAAGAGAAAUUUUGCAACCUGCACGAGUGCUGUGAAAAACUGUAGCAUCCCGUGCCCCAUGGACAUCGGAGAGACGGUUCUGGUGACCAGAGCCAGCAGAGGGAAGCACCCGGGGUUUGAUGUGAAGAGCUUACUUAGACCAUCCAGACCUCCAACACAAGAGGGUAUAAUCAUUGCAUCAACACCUUUUAAAGCAAAGUCGGCAUCGCUUUCCUCUCGUAUAGCAAAAUCGCAGCAUAGUGGAUCUCUUGUACAGAUGGUCCAAACAGCUACGUCGUUUGAGGAACUGUCAGAGGCACUCAGAAAAGCUAUUCUGUGGUGCAAAGGCAACAAAUUCAAAUUGGAAACUUAUUUUCUGCGUAACAAGCUGUUGAAAAGCAACCGGCUGCACCACGUGGAGGCUCAAGGAUGCAGCUUGAAGAAAAAACUGUGCUGUGUCAAAACAUCUGUCUGUAAAUACCUCCUAUAUGGGUCACAAAAUGCACGCUGGCCAAAGCAGUACCUCAGGGCAUGGUUGUGUCGAAGGAGGAUCAAAUCAUCUGUGCACUUGAAGAGAACUCUGAAGACUGUUCGGCAAAAGCCUUCUGAGCGUUUUGGAGCCUGUGAGAACAGUGCAUCACUCAUCCUCCCAGCUUACCAGGAUGGGCCUCUGAGUCGGGAAGGAUGUUCCAGUGCUGAUACAGGCUGUAUCAAACUAAGCACAGCAGGGACCACUAAGCAGCUGUUGCUGGAAGGAAGCCCUGGCCCUGUGUGGAAAGAAGCUGCUGAGAACAUGGAUAUUGAUUCUAUUUUUGCAGCAAUGGGUGUCUGACCCUGGACUUGCAAGGAGGAAAGGGGUCAAGUCAUUCCAAUUUUUUUUUUUAAGUAAAACCCUCAGAACCCUGAUGGUGUCUUGGUAAUUCACACCCUGAAUUCUGCUAAGAAAGUAGCAACUAUUUUACUAUGUUUUUGUAAAACAGCUUUUUUUAUGGAAGGGUGUUCCAAACAGCUGAAUAAUCUUAAUCCUUUUACCUAGCCUUGUCCAGGAACAGUGACUUUGAGUUACCCUUACUCAGUGUCCCUUGUCUGUUGCUUGACCACAUGUUAAGUGCUGCUGUCAAAUCCACAGUGCAAAUAGUUACCAUCCAUGGUGGAAGGCUGCAGCUGAUCACUUACUGCUGCUGAGGACAAAGGACUUGCUGCCACUUUUCCAAGGAAACAGUUUUAUACCCUUCCUUCUGUGCUGCUUGUAUAGGGGACAGCCUUGACUUGCAGUAUUAUCGCUGUUCAGCAUUUGUUAUCCUUGUCCUGAAAUGAGGAGUUAACUAAACCUACUGCCUCUGAGCUGCUCCAGAAGUAGGGGAAAGCACAGCUGUGGCCUGCAACAGUAAACUCC